UACUAAGAUCGAUCUAAGAUCGACCAAUCCUACUACUUAAGUGCAUUAUUAAAUGAAUAAUUCUUUUUUUUUAGUUUACCGGUAAGCCGUUAUCGAUUGCAAGCAAGCCGAAUCAAGAGAUAUGUCUAAGAAAUUACUUAUGUUACUUCCACAUGGCGCAGAAGAGAUGGAGUUUGUCAUUUGUGUCGAUGUAUUGAGAAGAUGUGGGAUAAAUGUGACCGUAGCUGGGCUCGGUGAAACAAGAAUCAAAUGCUCGAGAGAAGUGGUAAUUACUGCUGAUACCACACUUAAUGAAGUUGCUAAGGAAGAAUACGAUGCCAUCGCUCUUCCGGGUGGUUUAGGUGGUUCAACAGCAAUGUCAGAAUCUUCAGCAGUGGGUGACAUUUUAAAAUCAUUUGAGUCCGAAGGUAAAUUGAUUGCAGCAAUUUGUGCAGCUCCAACUGUUCUAUUAACGCAUUCGAUUGCGCUAGGGAAAUCAUUAACAUCAUAUCCUUCAUUCAAGUUCCAGCUUUCAGAAAAAUAUAAGUAUAUCGACGACAGAACUGUUGUUGUCGAUGGGAAUCUUAUAACUAGUCGUGGACCUGGCACGGCGUUUGAUUUCGCUCUUAAAAUAGGUGAAAUGUUGGUUGGUUUAGAUAAAGUAAAACAGGUUGCAUCUGGAAUGCUGUAUAAUAUCAAUUAAAACGUUACAGCUCCAACGAAUAGGUUCGAACAACCAUGUUGAACUCUUCCUCCAUUAGGAUAAAAAUCGACUGCACCCAUCGGUUGCCAGGAACCCAAACCACCCAGUAUCAAAUUUUCCCCGUUCGAAUGGAUUACGUCGACAAAUCCAGCAUCACUGUCAUCUAGUCGAG